AAAUCCAAUCCAAUUUAUUAGGGCCCGCAUGUCGCUCUGCGUCCGCGUGUUCGUUAUUCGUGGCUAACUCUAAAUUUACAAUGAAUUUUGUCCCGUGUGUUGCCUGGGUUCCUCGAGGAGUAGCCAAGGCAAAUCCCGAGAAAGUAAAAUUACUCAGCGAGCAGCUCAAGGAGCUGAUAGAAAAAGGUCAACAGAAAAACGACAACAAAAAUGUGGACGGCGACGGCGACUUGGAAGACGGUAACGAAGGAGCGUGUGAAGAUGACAUUACGGCAAAGUACGGUCUGGAUACGUAUGAUGAUGAAGACAGUGCGGCGCAAAUGGGUAAUCUGGCUGAACUUGCUGUGUACGCAAACAACGCAGACGACCCCUACCUGGACCCUCAAGACGGGGAAGAUAGUGAAGAAGAAAUAGACGACUUCACUAUAAGGUCUACCGACAACUUGAUUGCAGUGGCACGUGUGGAUGAAGAUACGUGCGCUACAAUUGAGGUAUACGUCAACAACCACCAGGAAGAGCACCUUUAUGUACACCAUGACAUAAUGCUGCCUGCUUAUCCGCUGUGCUUAGAAUGGAUGAAUUUUGACCCAGCGGACGCGAAUCCUGGCAAUUACUUAGCCGUGGGGGACAUGACUCCUGUGAUCAGCGUUUGGGACUUGGACCUUGUUGACACCUUGGAGCCUGCGUACAAGUUAGGCAAGAAAGCGAAAAAGAAAAAGGCAACUGGCGCCAAGGCAACAAUGAGGCACAGUGAUGCCGUCCUGAGCCUGUCGUGGAAUAAGCAAGUUAGGCAUUUGCUUGCCAGUGGAUCUGCUGACAACAAAGCACUCGUGUGGGACUUGGACACGGGUAUUCCGGCUAGGUGCCUCUCGGCGCACAAAGAGAAGGUUCAAUCUGUUGCUUGGCAUCCCUUUGAAAGUCACACUAUGCUAACUGGUGCAUGCGACAGUACAGUCAAGCUUUGGGACUGCCGAAAUACCGACGCCAGCUUCAAGUCGUGGACUGUUGAUGGUGAAGUAGAGAAAGUCUUGUGGAACCACUUUGAUCCAUUUUACUUCUAUGUUAGCACAGACAGUGGGUUUGUGUAUGGUUUUGAUGCCCGUACAGACCAAGCCGUAUUCACCCUCUCGGCCCACAGCAAGGGUGUCACUGGCAUGGCACUGAGUGCAUACUGCCCAGGAUGUCUUGUCACAGCAUCUGAAGACAAAACGUUGAAGGUGUGGGACGUAUUGGAUCACAAACCAGUGUUUUUAUUUGAAAAAGAGGGGUUGAAUGUCGGGUCUGUGCUUACAUUAGCCAGCUCCCCAGAUGAACCCUUUGUAAUAGCCAUUGGAGGAGACAACAAAUCACUUGGAUUUGCAGUGGUUGACCUCAAAGAAUGGACUGCUUUAAACUGCUUUGAAGGUCGGAAGUUGUUGAGAGCAGAAGUGCAGACAGAUGAUAUGGAGACAGAUGCACCUUCAGGAGCACUUGGUGGCCUUUCACUUGACAAUUAAUAAUUCCACAUGCUAUAGCUGAAACAUUGAUUGGCUAAGAUGCCUUGUUGCAGGACAUAAAGAGUAAUAAAAGCACUGCACUGGAA